AUGAUGCCCAAUUCUAACAUCGGCCCAUCUAGCAUUAAAGAGAUGAAGCCGUCUGAUGUCAAUACCCAUGAUGUAGAUGAGGGCGGCAAGAGCUCAAAGAUCCUGUCUGAAAACAUGUCAAAACUUCACCUUGGCUCUAAAGACGAGAAAGCAGCUCAAAUCGUUGAAGCAAACCCAUUAGCCAAGGACGAUACUUCUGUGGGAACAAAAAGUCGAGGGCACAAGUAUUCGAAGGUCCAUAAGUUCUGGGAGACUCAACCGGUUAUGCAGUUUAAGGAUAUCGGAGACAAGAGUUUGCCUGAAGGCCCAAUUGAGCCCGCAACUGCUUUAUCUAAGGUCAAGCAAGAGCCCUAUAACCUUCCUAGUCUUUUCGAAUGGACCACCUGCGAUAUGAACUCUGAUGAUAUGUGUUUAGAGCUGGUCGAUGUUGAGUUUACAACGCUCCGUAAAAUGACAAUGAGCAUGGCCAACAAGCUUUACAAGUUACCAGAUGCACCCAUCACUCCUGGAUUUAGGAAAAUGGAACCACGUGACGUCCCUGCUGUUACAGGGCUGUUGAGGAACUACCUUAGCCAGUUUGGAGUUGCCACUGACUUUGAUGAAGAUGAUGUCGGGCACUGGCUUCUCCCGAGAGAAGAUGUCGUCCAUAGUUACGUAGUAGAAAGCCCUCAAACUCAUGAAGUCACUGACUUGUGCAGCUUCUAUGCUCUCCCUUUAACAGUCCUUGGUAACUCGAAAUACACUACGGUUGAAUGCGCUUAUUCUUACUACAAUGUUGCGACACAGACCUCGUUUCCUCAGCUGAUGAAUGAUGCCCUAAUCGUCUCUAAGCAAAAAGGUUUUGAUGUGUUCUUUGCGUUGGAUGUGAUGCACAAUGAGAGUUUCCUUAAAGAGUUGAGGUUUGAUCCAGGAGAUGAACAGAUGUACUACUAUUUCUAUAACUACCGUUUGAGAGGUGCAUUGAAGCCAUCAGAAUUUGGGCUUGUUCUCUAG